CAAAAAUAACGUCACUAACAAAACUUCCGUGCUCCUGUCCUUUCACCUCAUGACGUAGGCGGAAGUGGACACCCACAGGAAUUGAAUACACGGUGCAUCAGGAGUGAAUAAAGUCUGUCGAUUUGAUCAUGGAUACGUUAAUACUGGAACCGUCUCUGUACACUGUGAAAGCCGUUCUGAUCAUGGACAACGAUGGAGAAAGACUGUAUGCUAAGUAUUAUGAUGACACAUAUCCUACAGUGAAAGAGCAGAAAGCUUUUGAGAAAAACAUCUUCAACAAGACACACAGAACAGACAGUGAAAUAGCCUUGUUGGAGGGUCUGACGGUUGUAUACAAGAGCAAUAUUGAUUUAUAUUUCUACGUCAUCGGCAGCUCUCAUGAAAACGAGUUGAUGCUCAUGUCAGUGCUGAAUUGUCUCUUUGAUUCACUGAGUCAAAUGUUAAGGAAAAAUGUGGAAAAGAGAGCUUUGCUCGAAAAUAUGGAAGGUCUUUUCCUGGCUGUUGAUGAGAUUGUUGAUGGCGGUGUGAUCCUGGAGAGUGACCCUCAGCAGGUUGUCCACCGCGUCGCUCUGAGGGGCGACGACGUGCCUCUGACAGAACAGACAGUCACUCAGGUCCUACAGUCGGCUAAAGAGCAGAUCAAGUGGUCUCUCCUCCGAUAGGACAUCAAUGGUCCUCCCAAUCCAGAAGAAAUGAGGGGAUUAGACGCGCAUUCAUUUUUCAUUACUCCUGUCUGCCCUGUUUUCUUGACUGCCAAAGUGCAGGUCUACUGAAAACAACUUUUGUUUUUCUACCUUGAAGACCAAGAAGAUGUUUAUUUCAAAAGAAGACAAGAGAAAGAACCUGGAAUGCUGUUUUGAUGGGACUUUCUUUUAGGGAAAAGUACCAUGGCGUUUUCUUCAUUUUUUCUUUUUUUAAUUCCAUUCCAGUAAGCAAUGAAUAUACGGCUGGUUUUGUGAAUGAUAUCACUGUACUGUGAGAAUUUCAUUACGAUUCUGUACAUUCCAGUGGUCGAUCCCGUGUCCUGUUCCUCCCUGUAACCCUUGUUUUGAUUUAAGUAAAGAAAACAGUUUCAUCAUA